CGGGCGCGUUACACGAGCCGAGGCAUGGUGUUUGUCCGGUCGCCUGGAUGCACGUCCAUUGCUAACAUCAGCAGAAAGGAGUUAACAUCAUAGUGAGGCAGAAGGUACCAUCCUGGUUUGCUCGUCUCUGCACCACCUUACCACCAUGGGUGAGACGGAUAAACAGCCCGAACAACCCAAGGCUGUCCAGCAGAAGAUGGUCAUCGCUAACAAAGUGACCGGAACUGUGAAAUGGUUCAAUGUCAAGAGUGGCUACGGUUUCAUUAAUAGAAACGAUACCAAGGAAGAUGUGUUCGUUCAUCAAUCGGCCAUCGUCAAGAACAAUCCGAGAAAGGCCGUACGUAGCGUGGGAGAUGGCGAGGUCGUCGAGUUUGAUGUCGUUAUCGGUGAGAAGGGUCACGAGGCCGCCAAUGUUACUGGUCCAGCGGGUGAAGCGGUAAAAGGCUCGCCCUACGCUGCGGACAAACGUCGCGGAUAUCGUGGCAUCCACUGGGUGUAUCCGAGACGCGGCAACGGACGGCCGCAGAAUCGUAGAUCACGCGACGGCCAGGAGGGUUACGAGCAAGGCGAAGGCAAAGUCGGCGAUGAUACAAAUGCCGAGGGUGGCGGCCAGCCCCAGCAGCAACAGCGUCGCUAUAGGCUGCGUCGCCAUUAUGACGGUUAUUACCGUGGAGGACGGCGUUCCGGGCCCAACCCAUCGCAGCAGCAGGGAGAUGCUGGCGAAGGUGGUGAGCAAGGGGAAGGAACCGGCGGCGAGGGUGGCGCUCCGCCGCGCGGUGGUGGUCGUGGACGCGGUGGUCCAUCACGACGUUACUUCCGCCGCAAUUUCCGCGGGGGAAGAGGUGGUGGUCCGCCACGACGUCCUCGCAGCCAGGAUGGCCAGGCGACCGAUGACGAGGCUGUUGGCGAGAGUGCGCAACUCGGUAAUUCGCAGAGAAAUCCACGACCACGUUACAGACGACGAUUAGUACGACGACCUCGUGCGACGUCGAGCCAACAGACGAACACGGUAGAGAAUUUGCCAUCUGCGGCGACAAAACGCAAAUCCUCCAAUCCCGCCUCCUCUCCCGUCAUCCCUCUACGAACACCGGUCACCGAUAUCCCUCCCGUGUCCUGCGAUAAAUCCACAAAGUCGGAGCAGAAGUCUGAUGCACCUAAAGAUUCGGAUGCACCUGCCGCUGCCCCUGCUCCACAGGAGAGCCAGCCGGUGCAGAACACCACCACCGAAAGCACCGCCUAACCGAGACAGAGUAACGCGCUAUUACCGCAGGACACUCCUUUUUAACAUAUAACACCAACACCCGUUAUACACUGCAGCAUCGACAACAGCUAUAAUUGCAAAAAAAAUCCAAAAAAAAGAAAAAAAAUUAACAAAAAAAAGAAAUCAACAAACACUACUCCACACUCUCUCCACGAAAGCAAAUUAAAAUUAAGAUACGUAUGAAAAUUGAGAAGCGUUCAGCUGUGCUUGAUGAGUUCUUUUUUUUCUUAGCGAGAUAACAUAGUUCCAUCCCUGAUAUAUCUAGGCUCUCGACUUAAGUUGUUUCGCUGAAAGGACUCGUUAGGGAUGGCCGCAUGCUUCUCCCUACGGGAAUUUGGACAGAAGGGUAAAGCAAUUACGGAGUACGGAUGAAUUCGAGCGCGGCAAGAGAUAAAUAUCUAUAUAUAUAUAUAUUUUGUUUUUGUUUUUUGUGUAUUUCUUGUUUCGUACAUUACUUCUAAUUUUUCUCCGGUAAGGCGCAUUAUAAAAUCGUUUCAUAUAUACGAUAUUUGAGUUUAUUGCUACAUUUCCGCGAACUUCACUUUUGGCGACUUUACCAUCAUCAAAAGGAGUAGUGAGAAACCGAUACGUGGAUAUUGUUGAUAAUAAUAAACGAGUCCCAACUCGAAUGAAUUUGCCUGUCUCGAAGUCAAUCGUUCAUUUUCGGCUUAUAUUUCGAAAUUAAUGAGCUUACCGUAUUGCUUUCACUCUUUUAGUAAGAAAAAAAUUGGAGUCGCCGUUGGCCACAGCCAUUAUCCUUGAGUGUUUCGAAAUUAUACUGUUAAUUGCAAUUGUGAUUGCGAUGAUCAACGAGCAUUGAAUAAAUGCAGUAGAAUUUUGAUACUCUUGUCGGAUGACAAUGCAGCCGUGUGACAACCAAUUUUUUCUUAUUUAUACUUUACAGGCGAUCACAAGCAUAAACGAUUAUUGUAAUAGCAUUUAUCUUGGCCAUAUUUUUACAAUUGUUAAUAUUGGCCCCUGGUGGGUCUCCGGCGGUAUAUUAUUAAUUAGCGAUUAUUGUUUUGACUUUAUGCAUUAUUGAUUAGUCGUGGAAUUUGGGCGCGAAAACUCGUGAGGUGUCACGUCGCGAGUCUUCCCGGGCUGCGAGCGGCGCGCGGAGGCACACUUGAAACUUGUGGUCCCGUUCGUUUUCUUUUUUUGUUCUUGUCGACGACGACGACAAUGCGUAUAUACUUGUAUCCUAUCAUUCGUGUUAUCGGGCCUAAAGGUACUUCGGGUCGGCCGCAAAGCAGAGAGAGGACGGCUCCACCUCGUGAAACCUCACAGACUUCCGCGCGUGAGUAAAUCGUCCGGUCGUUUCUGGAAUUGACGUCGGUCGA